AUGUGUCUGAUCGGAGCCUACAACAGAGAUUGUGAAUAUGAUAUUUUAAAGGAUUCAAUGUUCGAACUUGAAAAGGUAUUUGACGAUUUUUGCGUUAUAAAUGAGGAAUACGAACUCAUUGUAUCUGACGAAAAAUACGCUGAACACCGUGUAGUUAAUGGUGAAGACAUUAUGACUUACAGAGACAAUGUAAAAAGGUGCUAUGAAGAAGCUAGGAGUGUAUUUGUUAGUGUAAAGACAACAAUCGAACAAAAAGCUAGACAACAAAGUGCUGGGCCUGUCAAAGUUGCCCUAAAGAAUGACAUUUGUAGAAUUCAUGAACUAAUCACAGUCGUUGAUGAGAGUUUUAAACUGGAAAAUGUGAAUAUGGCAGCUUUACAACUAGAUAAGAAUGAUCUACAGUCAAUUUUGAACAUAAUAUGUGAUAACAUGGCAAAACUUGGCUCGAUUGAAACACAAGAGCAAGUUAACCUAAUCCAAGAAGAAGUCGAUGCUAUUAUCAGAGCAGUUUACAAUUGCAUCAGAAAGAUAAACUUGUUUUUGCAUGAGCAACAAGCAUUUGUUAAAUCAUUACACAUUGAAAAUGCCACUUUCCCCUCUGAAACCAACACCCCCCCACUGAGAACAUCAACACCGUAUUCCCCCCGGAGAUCAACACCAACAUCCCCCUGA